AUGGCCGUAGGCGAACACAAAGGCUUCCGUCCAUUCGAAGUCACCCCCGUUCAUCUCGUCUAUGUCGGUCUGGGUCUUUUCAUUUGCAUCUUCUCCUAUCUUUCCCUCUUCAUCAAAGAACGUCUCUAUCUUGGCGAGGCACCCAUUGCAGCUGCAUUCGGCAUCAUCGUCGGCCCUAUCGCCAUUGGUCUUUUCAAUCCUGCAGCAUGGAUGCACGAAGAUGGCAUUACCCCGGGAGGCGUUGCUACCGAUGAAAUCACCCUCGAGAUCAUGCGUGUUACCAUCGCACUGUCCGUCUUUGCUAUCGGGGUGGAGUUGCCCAGGAAGUAUUUGCUGAGACAUUUCAAGUCGAUUGCCAUCUUGUUGGGUCCCGUUAUGGCAUGGGGGUGGUUGGUGACCGCCGGCUUGAUCUAUGCUUUGAUUCCUGGGUUAGAUUUCUUGAAUUCCUUGGUUGUCGCCGCCUGCGUUUCACCCACAGAUCCCAUUCUGGCUCAGGCCGUCGUGGGUGGUCCUUGGGCCGAGAAACAUGUCCCGGCGCACGUCAGGCAUAUGUUGAUGUGCGAAUCGGGUUGCAAUGAUGGUGCGGCGUUCCCCUUCCUUUACCUUGCCCUCUACCUGACGCAAAACAGGGAGGAUACGGGUUAUGCGAUUGGCAAAUGGUUCUAUGAGACUUGGGCAUACGAAAUCAUCCUCGGCACCUUGUUAGGAGCGUUGAUAGGAUAUGCAGCACGCAAGUUCAUGCGCUUCUCCGAAAGGAACAAGCUGAUAGAUCGAGAAUCCUUCGUUGCCCAGUAUAUUUCCUUGGCGAUUGCUAGUAUGGGUGUCAACGUGUUGCUGGGAUCGGAUGAUCUGUUGGCCGCCUUUGCUUGUGGAACGGCGUUUGCCUGGGAUGGAUGGUUUACAAAGCAGACCGAAGAUUCCAACUUUUCCAACAUUGUUGAUCUGUUGUUCAACAUUGCCACUUUCAUCUACAUCGGUGCGCUCAUACCGUGGCAUGACUUUGUCGAUGCGAGCAUCGGACUAUCCAUCUGGAGACUCAUUGUUUUGACGAUAUGCGUACUUCUCACAAAACGAAUCCCGAUCAUCCUAGCCCUAUGGAAGUUCAUCCCGGACAUCAAAACUUUCCGCGAGGCCAUCUUCUGUGGCCAUUUCGGCCCCAUGGGCGUUGGAGCCAUCUUUAUCGCUACCCUCGGCCGCACCCUUAUGCCUCACGACAUCCCCGAUCCGCCAGAGACGAGUAACGACGUGCUAGCCUUGACAAUUCAGCCGAUCGUAUACUUCUUCGUUCUGUGUUCGAUCAUCGUUCAUGGUUUCACCAUCCCGUUCUUUGCGUUUGGCAAGAAUGCAAGGAGGAGAGCGCAUACGUUGACUAGGACCUGGAGUAGGAAUCCGUCCAUAAGGGAUGAUGAACCCAGUUGGAUGAGUAGGGUGAGAAGGGUCAAGGAGGGGGAUGAUAUUGUGAUUAAUACCGAUGAUAUUAGUGCUGAGAAGAUGAGUGCUCAGCACUUGGCGUUGAUCGGAAGAGGCGCGAUUGGCGGGUAUAGGGAGGAUGAGUUGAGGGGCCAGACAAGAAGUGAGGAGGAUGCGGAGGAGGAGGAGAGGGAGGGCGGGCAGAGUAGUAGUAGUAGUCAGGAGGUAGGUGAGGGGGGGAGAGGGUUGGUCGGGUUCUUGAAUAGGAGCAUUGAGAGGGAUUUGGAGAAGGCUGAGGGGUAUGCAGUUGGGCAGCAUUUCAAUGAGAAGGUCGAUGCAAAGGAUGGGGAUCCUAGUGCGGAGGGGAGACAGAGGGCGUGUAAGGACAUGGAUGGGAUCGAAGACUGGGAAGCUGACGAGGAAGACUUCAAUCCAGCAUCCGACUAUCUCGGCGACAACUGUUGCGAGAUGCGUCGCUACAGAGAGCGAAUGCAGGCGAACAGGGAAGCAAAGUUGGCAAACGCACGAGCGAAACGUCACUCUGCAGAAGAAGCUGGUCGACUUGGUGCUUCCCGCGAAGAAGAGCAAGACCUCGGUGAGGCGCCUAUGGAUCGCGACAUCAUCCUUGGCCGAGUUCACUCUGACGAACAAGAUCCUGCUGUUCCAGACGAUCGCCAGGGUCAAGCGCAUACCUCCUGUGCCCGCGACUCUACGAGCGAAAAAAAUAGCCACAAUUGGCCUCAACUCCGAUCUUGGGUCGAAGGGCAUAACCUCGUUCUCGAGUAUCAGAAGAGUUAUUCCGAUGAUCCGGAAGUACAAGUGAUCCCGCUCACCGAUGAUGAGCGUGAUUCCCUCGAAGGAUCCGAUGCACCGGCGCAGGAUUGGGUCAAACAAAACCACCACGAGUUAGCUGCCUUUUUCGGACACAACGAUCAUGCUGGUUGGGACGCAACCGAGUCGAUCAGCAAGUUGUUGGAGAAUAAAGUACAUAAAUGGUGGCCUACCAAAAAUAAGAAACACUAUGUAAAGGCCGAACAACCGAAGGAGGAGACGGAGCAAGAGAGAAAUGAGAGAAUGAAUUUGAUGUUCGGUGCUAUGAACUGGACCGGUAGGGGUGAGGAAGAGGGUAGGGAGGGGAGGGAGGGGAAGGAGGCUAUGGAGAGGAGAGAUAGGACGGAAGAGGAGAGCGAGAUGGAUGCGAUGGCUCCAGUUGUGUUUCGGGCUAUACAUGAUGAUGUGCCGGGAGGAGAAGGUGUUCAGGUGGGGGAUUCGAGUGUUCCGGUUGCAAGUACUAGUGCUCAGGUUACAGAGGGGGAGAGGAAGAUGCCGAAUGCGGCACCUUCAGGGAGUGCACCAAGAUUAUUACAAGCUGCAAGUAGGCGAGGUAGUGGGGUGACUAGAAGGGGGGAUUUGAGAAAGAAGGUGCUUCGUGGUCAAAUUGGGUUGUCGGGUAGACGCAAGUCUACAGCUAGUAAGGAAGGAUCUGAUGAACAAGUUCUCGACGAUGAUCCAGCGUCCGAAGUAGGGGAGCAGGGGUAUACGACACCGAGAGUCAUGAUCUCCGAACCUGCUUCUUCUUCUUCCUCUUCGAAGCGGAUGAGUCCGCCUUCUUCCUUCCGCAACGCAGGUGGGAACGGCAAGAAAGGGGAGAAAUUCUUCCCUCGAUCCUCCUCAGCCGGGGCAGGAUUAGCUCCCUCUUUCCGAUCUGAAGCAUCCAAUUCACCCAUCCUCAAAGCUACCGCCGCUCCUUCUUCCUCCCGUCUAGGCUUUAGCGGAGCAGCUGGCGCAGAGGAAAAAGAUAUGAGCAGAAACUCUUCGGUGCAAUGGUCAGACGUUGCCGAUCACUCCCACGACCAUCUUCGUAGGGGUGGACCGAUCAACGCUGCUGGAGCAGACGCUUUCUCUCGUCGAUCUCGCACCUUCAACGGCUCCUCUUCCAGUGGGAAAGAACUCACUCGCGACGCCAGAGUAUACUCGCUCGAUGAAACUGAUGAUGAGGAAGCGGAUAGUGAUGAGGAGAGCGAGGGAAAGCGAAGGCAUGGAGGAAUGGGGAUUAGGAAUGGAAUGAACAAGAUUGGUGCAUUCUUCAGCAACUUUACUGCGCCGAAGGGGGAGGGGAUGGGUAAUCCUGGGCCUAGCUCUCAUCCUCAUUUGUUCCCCAGUCACAAUGGUGAGCAAGGGAGUGCGAGAAGGAGUCCAACGCAGGGGAGCGGGUUGAGGAGAGAGAUUACUAGGGAGAGAGGCGAAGAGAUGGAGUCUCUGAGUUUGCCUCCGGCGAGCAUCGCGAGUGGGAAGGAGAGGAGUGGGGGUAGAGUGAUGUUGGAUCUUCCCAAUGAAGAAAAUCCUGUUUCUCCUGGUCCUCCUCGAUCCUCGACGCAACCCUAA